AUGCUUACUUUUAUACUACUUUUUGCUUACGCUCUGUCACAAACAGGCAUAUGCAACACAUACGUGACGAUCGAUUCCAGCACUACCAUUGAUCAAACACUAUUCAAGGGCACACAGAAGAAUUGCUACAUUAUAAUCAAUAAAGGAGGUUCUAUAACCAUUGAUGAAUUCUCUGGGUUAGGAAAGCUUAUCAUAUUAAAUAGUAAUACAGUCACACUUAAAAAAUUCACUUCUGGCUUUAUUGAAAACACUGGAACACUCACAAUUCAAGGCGCUACUGUAGAAUCAAAACUCCAGAAUUUAGGAACAACCACAGUUGAUUUCGCUGUUUCAACACUAACAUUUGGAUACCUUAGUAAUUCAGGUACUUUGAAAUUCAGUGAACCCACAAGUUCAAACGAAGAAGAGGUUGUUCUCACUUUUAACCAAUUUUAUACAUCUUCUGCUGUGGUUGUGUCUUCAAAGUAUAAACUUAAUAUUGACUUAUUGGGAACCCUAGACGCCUCUAUGGGUAGCACUGAGUCCAUUGCAAUUACUUCACAGAAGUUUAAAAUCAAAGUUGCUCAAGUAGACUCUACUUAUUUCUUCUCUCAAUACUACAACGUCAUCACCUUUUAUAAGACCACCAAUCCUCAACAACCAUACGUAAAGUGCACAGCUACAAGCGGACUACCGCUCUCAAAUCUCCCAAACAGUCAAGUAGAAGAUAUAAUGUGUCCUUGCCACUUACUUGCAGCAGACUGUAGACUUGACUAUGGAAACAUCCCAACUACUGUUACCGUCGGAGUAGACACAAAACUGAACGAGGUGACGGGAUCAGAUGUCACUAUCAAGGGAUCAAGUGAUGCUAUCAAAAUAUUCAUCACCACAUUAAGCGCAACUAAAUCACAUUUGCAAAGAGCUACAUUUACGGUCACAACAGCAUCAAAUCCUGUUGAUACAAAUGGUGGAAGUGUCUCGUUUUCAUCUUUUACUGGGACAUCACUGGUCGGAAAGAACACAAAACUUGUAGUCUCGUCUACGACCACCCCAACAUACACCAUCGAAGGCGGUUCACUCAUGUUACUCGCGUCUUCUGGUAAACCAACAAUCAUAACAAAUGGUACAACUGUUAAAUCAACUGUCACUUUUGGUGCUAUUUCUUUCAGUGCGACUGUCAACUUGGGCCAAAACGGAGAACUCGACUUAACAAGAAUUACUGGCGUGUCAACUGGUAAUGGUGCACCAUCAAUAAUAGGAGUUUCAGGGGCAGUGGUAUACCCACCAUAUUACCAAGAUCCAUUGCAAACACUUGGACUUUUAAAUAAUGAAUGGAAAUCGUCAUGCGAUAAAAUGAAAUUAACAUUUGACACUUCACCAACACCUCCAACCUGUUCUCUUUGUGAAGUUGAAGAUCCUUUUAAUAUAGACCAUUUUGGUUGCACAGCUUACAAGACAAGUGGUCUAAACACACUUACAGUGACUGGAGAAGUAGUUACAACAAUUGGUUCAAAGAGUUUAACAGUCUAUAGAGAUGGAUUAACUAUAGCUACGUUGGCAACAUUUUCCCUUCUGGAUUUGUCGAACAGACAGAACAUCGUCAUCACAUCGAGCUCAACAUCAACCACUCAAACAGUAAAAAUCGUGCAACUCAUUAACUACAAGUCGCUAACAUUGAACGGUAUAACCCUUGACUUGACAGGUGUUACUGCUAAUAUAGCAUUGGCGUCGCUCACUCUUGUGAACUCAGUUGUGAAAUAUCCAGCUCUUGUAAGUAGCACAAACAAAACAGUUAAUAUUGGGACCCUUUCGAUGGACUCUAAAAGUAAGGUAGAGGUGCCAACUGGAUAUAAACUUGUUGUUGAGGCAGCAAACUUCGAUAUGUCUACACUCGAAGGUGAUAACAAUGGUCCACUGAUCAACACGGAUUCAUUUGCAUCGUUUGUAGUUAACGGAAUCGUUUCUGUUCGAGACCCUCCAACAGCAAGUGGCUAUGUGAUUAUUGCCCAAAACCCGAAGCACCAAGUAUUCCAGGGAUCAUUACCAACACAAAUUCAGAACAAAUGUUUCCAAAGAGCAUUAGUGUAUGUUGGUGGUUCUGAUAGUUUCAGUUGUUCACAUUUUACAGAUUUAGCAACAAAAACAUGUGUUGUUGAUUCCAAAGCAAUUAAAGACACUGUUAACUUAGAUCUCUUUGAGAAUUAUGUUGACAAUUAUGAUAAUGCCUGCCCGUGUUAUCAUGAUAUCACUGGUAAAGGUGGCAAUUGUUCUGUCCAAUUGGCUGUUCCAACAGGUGUUACAAAGACAUUGGCAUUUUCCACUAAAAAUGAACAGCGAUUUACUAACUUGGAACUCACUGGAAAUGUUGAGACUAAUAUCAGCACUUUUGUUAUCUACGAUCAACUUACUUUGAACAAAGGAGAAAUUGUAUUGGGUUCUGUUGGAACACUUAAAGUUUCGAACAUUGUUGUGAAUGAUGAUGCUCAAUUGAUUUUGAACACUCAGAUCACCAUUGGUUCUAUCACUGUCUUGGAUGGAAAGAAGUUUAUUAUGACGUGUUCUGAAGACACUUUCAUUGAAGGCACUAACACUGGAGAACCUAUCAGUUUGGUUGUUAAAAAGACUUUAACAGUGAGAGGAACAUCAACAGUUCUUACAGUGAGUUCUCUUGAUGUCAAGUUGACAACCGACGUGACUAGUAAAGUCUCAUUACUUGGUAACAGCAAGCUUACAUUUAAGGAUGCCACGUUGUUAUUUGAAAGAACGGCUUUGUCACAUGCCACGAUCAUUGACGCUGAAUCCACUUCUUCAAUUGAUUUUAUUACUAAAGAAAGUGCGGACCCAGCUAUUACCAUUGAAAUGACUGGAAAAUCUGGAGCAGCCGAAUGUAGUGCACUGGCUACAUUUGCAACGCCAAGCCCAUAUGAUCAUAGAUUCUCUGCAAAUACCUCACAAUCUGAUAUAGGAUGUGCAGGUACAAAAUGGGUUGUCUGUCCAGCCACUAACCUUAUUAAAAAGUAUGUUUGCUUUGGAAGUACUGAAUGCUACUUUGUUGAUCCCACCGCAGACACACCAACAACGGUUUUGGCUUCAAUUGGUUCUUUGUAUCAAAACACUAAGGAUUGUCCCUGCAGCAACAAGGAAGCGGGUGGAAUUUAUUCAUCUGAUUGUAACACAAGAAUUCCUGGGACAUAUAGUGGAAGAACUAUAGCCAAUAUCACUGGUAAUUUCAACAAAUUAAAGGUCGAGUCGUCUCUUAAAUUAAUGUUCAAAGGCGACGUCUCUGUUGUCGAAUUUUCAUUGAGAGGAAAAAUCGAAAUGGCGGCUGAAACCAACGAAAAGGCGUCACUCACGAUGAACACUAUGAACGUGUACACCAAGCAACCGACUAAACUCACUUUUGAACUCCCAACUAAAAUUGGUGCAACAAAGUCGGGUGAAACGUCUUCAUUGUUAUUAUUAUUCAAAAACACAUCAAUUAUUGGACUUGGUAAUGUUGCUAAAACAGCGGAGGGAGGAAAGAUUAUCUCUUACUUGGGAAAUUCAACAUCAGUGACUAUCACUGCAGAACAGAGCUCAGAAGACAAAGAAGCCAAAUUCACACUGCUUCUGGGACCUGAAGUUGCGAACUCUGAUAUCUCACUGAGUGGUAACAUGCCAUUCCAUGUUCAAGGCGAUUUCUUAGCUCGUUCGGUUGUUGUGAGUAGAGGUGGACAUGGUGACGAAGUUGAUAAAAUGCCUUUUAUUGUUCUUGAAGAGAACAGAUACUUCUCAGUUGAGUCGUUGUCUGUUAUUCCAUUGGAGCUCACAUCGUAUGUAGUGACGUACGCGUCUGACAUAUAUCACGUGAGUAUUGCAAAUGAGGAUAAGAUGUCGCAGUCACUGAAGACAGACAUAGACCACUCGAUGUUGCUGUACAAAACAAGUGCAGACGAUGAGACAAGACCACCAAUUCUAUGUGAGUUGACUGUGCCUGUACCAGAAGAGCCAGACACUCCAGACGUAACACCAACUGCUUUUGUCAAGAUGGAAGGCGAAGACAACACAACAACAAUUGUGUGUGUUGUACAGUACAACGAGACUGUAGCAGACAACGCAAAGAUAUACAACAGAAGUGGAUGUCCAUGCAAUGGAAGAUACUGCGUGACUACAAUAACAGCAGAAUACACAGCACUCAUCAACGCAACAUCAAUUGGAUCAUCCGGUCAAAUAAACCAAUUCAUUGUUCAAAACACAAAAGCAGUUGAAGUUGCAAGUGACAUUCUGAACACAAAGGUGAUGACAGUCAAUGGGGAUGCACCAGUCGUCUUCUCGAUCGACACGUUGACAGUUGGUAAAACAUUUGAAUUCAACGCAGACACCGUCAACAUGACAUUCAACAACACAAAGAAGAUGAGCAUUGCACCAUUCACAAUCAACCAACCACAAGACUCAAACAAAUCAAUCCAUGUAGCACUGUACUCACGCAGUUCGUCACUCUCUAACAACUUUGAAUUCUCAAAGGUUGAUGUGUUUGAUGACUUGGUUGUUGAAGAUGCAGCAGACAACGAGCGAAUGGCACUGUUUGUGACAUCGUCUGCAUCAACAAACAUCACCAACUUGGAGGUGAGCAACGCACGACUCUAUCUCCAACAGGGCAAAUUCAACAUUCUCGACAACGAAGUUGUCUUGCUCAUCAAAAAGCCAGAGGCAUUCCCACUGAUGUUUUCAACUGGUGCUUCAGUCAGUUGGCCAGAAGGCACAAUCAAGAUCGUUGUCGACCCAUCACUCCCCAAAGACGUGCCAAUCUUCAUCAUGAGAGUUGGUCUUGGAAAGAACUUCACAGCUGAAAACGGUGUGAAAUUCAGUGUUGUAGAAGGGACAAAAGCAACACAUUUGAAGAGCGCGUCAUUCUCGUCAUACACUGUCAAACAAAUCUGUUCGAUUUAUGUUGCACUUGUGCCAAGCGAUUUUGUCGAAGCAGGAUAUGAGUGCCCAACAGAUCCAACUGAUGCAAGUGAACAAAACAACCUUGAACCAAUUGUCAAAAAGGAUGUGCCAACAUGGGUCAUUGUCAUCUUGAUCAUCAUCGGUGUCUUCAUUGUCAUCAUCUUGAUCUUGUUUGUCGUAUUUAUUGUUGUUGCAAGAAAGAUCCUGUUGAGAAGAAGAAACCUGAAAGUGUUCAACGACGAAGACAACCUGUUCUUCCAAACAGCAGAAUCAUCAGAAGAGACAAAAGAAACAACAAAGGAGGAAACUAAAGAUGACUCCCAGAAGUCGGACGAGUCUUCUUCGUCAUCACUGUCAUCGUCAUCAAAAUCAGACUCAAAAUCAGGUUCUGGAAGCAAAUCCGCAAGCGAGUCCAAGAGCAAAUCAGACAACAAAGACAACAAAGACAACAAGUCAGAGAGCACAAACGACGGUUCCUCAGACUAA